CAGCGCGCUAAGUUUCAAAAUGGCGGCAAGUAUGAUAGGAGAAAGUUUGGAAUCAAAUUCCUUGUCCGAAAAAGACAGCUUAUCGUUUGAAAAGCAGGAGGAAAGCGAGGGAAGACGCAUGGUGCUCUUUAGGAAAGUGAUGAAGAAAUGUUUGGACAAAAUUAUGGCUGCUGGAAGGUGAGCUGAAAUGCAAAAAGUAUGAUCAUCAUGGGGUAAUUUGUCAUUAUCAACUGAUCUGAUAAACGUAAAGAGUUUCAAAGCUGACGUUUCGAUCGUAAGCUCUUUGUUAGAGCGAAUCCCAGCUAUUCUCACCCACUGACGCAGCACCACUGUUUCUUUAGAAACUUACCCUCUUUAAAAUCAUUAUAACCGAUCAGCGCGUUCCAUCCGCAGUCGUUUCAGAUCUGAAGCUUCAAAUAAAAGUUUGCCGGUAUGAUAAUCCUUGAGAAAGUCAAAGGAAAAUAAAAAUCCAGUAGCUUACAUCAAAAUUGCAUGAUUCUUCCAGUCACUUUAUAAAAUCAAGCCAGUUCUAUUUUUGAUCGAUGUUUUUGUAGUCAGGAAAAGUUUGCCAACUGCUUCUCUGCAAUGAGAGAUAGAAACCCAGCUGAGUUUAAGAGUAUCACGGAACAACUGAUGGAGCAUCUGCAGAAUAACAUCGAGGUAUAUUUUUUGGGAUUUAAAUUUUGUGGAGCCCUUUAUAUCAUAUGUACUAAUCAGUGCGCACAUGCUGUGGGUAAAUAAAGCUUAAUUCAGGGAGUUAUUUGAUUCAUGUCCUCUCCGAGAGGUUCUUACCUCCAACUCCACCACAAGACGAUUUAGAUGGAGGUGGAUAGCUUAAAGGACCAUUGCCACCAAUCGCUGCCUGGUAAGCUCAUGUUAUAGAGCACUGGACUGCUGUGUGGGAGGUAAAAGGUUCAAGCCCUGCCUGUACCCAUAGUCAGGGUCUCAAAGUAACUGGGUGGAUAAGGAUGAAAAAUCAUAGGCCCUUUCUCCUGCAUCUUCUCAGUACUAGUUAGCAGGGGACAUUAAAGAACAGCAAAAUUAUUGCAAAAAUUAGGUAACAUAGCUCUAGUUAUUGUGGUCUGUCCUUGAUUCUGAAAUUGGAAGCAUCUGCAAAACUUCCCUUAAAAAAUUGUAAACUGCUCAAUGCAGUCUGGCCAAAGUCUCUCACAAAGUUUUGUAAAGCCCCAUGAGCUAACGGAUAUGGCACCAUAGAAAUCCUUAAUUAUCAUCAUUAUUGCUUUUAUUACAGAACCUACCCCUUAAAAACUGUCCACUUAAAGAUACUUUGUCCCACUUUCUUUUACAUACCCUGUUGCCAUGUGUAUGUCUGGGGGCUAAAAAUGUUUACAAAAGUUGCCAGUGGGUGACCACCAGAUUUCGAAAAAAAGAAAAGGUGAAAAAUUUAUCAAUCUCGGUCAAAUAAUCAACCGGACGGACACAAACAAACUGUUCCACAUCUCCCAAAUAUGCAUAAACCUUAAAUGAGAAGUGAUCAGUCAUUGAGAUGUUUAACAUCAUUUUAUAUUAUGUGCUGCAUUUAACUCAAACCUGUGAUUUAAGAUGUUUAAAACAAUUCUGAAGGUUUUAAUACUAGUAUUUUAGCUCACUUCAAAUGAGAGAUGUUUCUCAGCUGAGCAAUAGACGGAAAUCAUAUUAAACUGAUUUGUAACUUGGUCCAAGCAACUUUGCGGUAAAUUGUUUCUGCUUCCAGUCACCAGAAUUUCUUCAUUCUCUCUCUCUUGAUUGUUAUUACGAUCUUUUAAUCUGCGUGGGAGUAAAGGUAUUAAGUAGGCCAAUAAAAGUGUACGUGGACGUGUACAUGUAAGGGUAAUUUCUUACACAUUUAAUGUUUGCCCUCUGAAUUUUUUUUCAGAAAGAAAUCGAUUUGAUGAUUAAACAGGAAGAUCUGGUACAUUUCUUUAAUGAGCUUGAUCGUAUUGUGGCAGCCUCUAAUACAGAAGAUUCACAACCUGCAUGGUAAUCUUUUUUCUUUGAGCAUUAAAACAAUUGCAGCUUAAAGGGCUGUGAAUAGUUGUAUUUUAUUGUUAAAAUGCAUGCAAAUUUACAUGAUAUACAGGAGGCCCUCAGGAAACCCAGACAAAGAUGUUAUUGAUCAUGUCAUGCAAGUCAAGUUAGCCUACAAAGAGCAGCUGAAGCAUAUCCUUCAACAGGUAAGGAAAAGGAAUCAACAGGUAUCAUUCUUAUACUCUUUGUUUCAUGCAUGGCACAUUCACUCUUAUAGGUUGCACUCCCAAGCAAGAGAUGUGACCUCUAACAAUCUACUUUCACUGGGUUUCUCUAACCCAGAAAACUCAGCAAAAAGCUUAAUUUUGAAAACAAUUGUCAUUUGGAAGUGACUGAGAGUGUCUGCAUGUUUGGAAUUUUAGUCCAUUCUGGCUCUUUACCUUUGCUAGGAGGGCUUUGGUUGAAACCAUAACUUUAAAGUUUGUUCAAAAAGUGAAUUUUCGCUGAGAUUGAAGUGAGCCCUUUCCCCCACACAAACACACCCCCCCCCCUUCCCCCCAUACAAACACACAGUCAAAGGGUACAAAAUUGAAAACAAAUUUGAAAUUCUUACUAUAUUUUUUAGGUUGAAAAUGAAAAUGAAAAGCUAAAGGAUGAAGUUUUACCAAAGCGAGAAAAAUUACUGGAGAGUGAAAGACGUAUAAAUGAAAAGACAAAUGACUUUGGAGAGGUAAAAAUGCUUCAGGACCUUGUGCCUUUUUUCACUUCCCAUUAGAAAGCAAGACAAAAUUUAUCUGGGUAUAAUAUCAAUACAAUUUACAGCAGACAAGAGAUGAGAAAUUAGUUCCAACAACACUGGAGUGAUUUCAGAGGCAAUAAACCUUUAACUCCCAUGAGAGACCAAGACAGAAUUUCUUCUUACAAUACCCAUGCAAUAUCAAAUAGACAUGUGAUGAGAUUAAAGAAAAAUGUCAAUAAGCGGAUUAUUGGUUGAUCCAAUAAUUCAUUUCUUCAAACUAACAUGUCAAGAAUUGUAUGGCAGACAGUAAGGAGAAUUACUAAAUAAAUGUAGAGUGAAAGGAAUAAUGGGCUUGGAUGUCUACAGUUUUUCUGUCACUUUAAUUGUCAUUUUUGUUGUUGUUUUACAGGCAGCUGAAUACUGCAUAGAAAACAACUCAGCAGUCAGUUCUUCUCUCAACUUGAUAAAGAACAUAAUGUAGUAAACUCUGAAAUGACCAAAGAUCUUCAUGAUUACAUUUCAGCACUGUAAAUAUGUGUUAUUAACAGUAGGUGUUUUAGGAAACAUUAUGUAAUUCUUAUACCUGAAGUUGCAAAUACUGAAAAUAAAGUGAGGUGUAAAUACAGC